UUUUUGGAAAUGGUUGAGAUGUGCUUGAACAGUAGCUAUUUCCGAUUCAGGGACAAAUACUACCAGCAGACUUUCGGAACUGCUAUGGGCAGCCCACUAUCACCGAUCCUGGCGGACUACGUAAUGGAAGACUUAUUGGACACAGUUACACAACAGUUGAGUUUCUCCAUCAGGGUUCUGAAAAAAUACGUAGACGACCUGUUCCUCGUACUACCCAAAACCGAAGUCCAAAGUACCCUUGCUGCGUUCAACAACUACGAUCAACAUCUCCAGUUCACCGUAGAGGACGAGAAGGAUGGAGCGCUACCCUUCCUGGAUACCCUAGUGAUGCACCACAACGAUGGAAGCGUGAGUACGCAGUGGUAUUCCAAGCCCAUCUCUUCGGGACGUCUGUUGAAUUACCAUUCCUUCCAUCCAACGAACAUGAAGCUCAACGUAGCUAAAAACCUCAUAAACCGAGCUACACAGCUAACCACCAAGUCGUCAAUGGAACAAGUCAAACACAAAAUUUUCCAAAUCCUACGACAGAACAACUACCCUUCGGCAUUAAUCAACAGACUAACAAGCCACAUCAGGAACAACCAAGCAGCGCUCACCACGGCAACUCCCUCCAAUCACAACAUACAGCAUAGCCACCCACCACAACAACCCUCACAAGCAGAUCCAGGAACAACAACAAUCCUCCCAAUAUCGCAGCACACUCUACAAGCACCAAACAGUCAGAUACCAAACGAAGUCGUCUACAAAUCCAUGCCAAACAUCCCAAUACUGAGCCGUACCAUAUCAGAGAUCCUAAAAAGAGAAUAUCCAUCUGUAAAAAUAGCCACGUACAACAUAAAAAGCACAAAAACACUUCUCAAGCCUGUAAAAGAUGCAGUUACACCUCUAGAACAGCAUAACGUCAUUUACAGUAUACCAUGUACCAAUUGUGAUAAAGUAUACAUAGGUAUGACGACCAAUCAUCUCAAAAAGAGAAUCAGUGGACACAGAUCCAAUGUAAACAAACACUCCAAUACCACAGAACACGAUACACAACCCAAAACAGCACUAAUACAACACAUGCUCGAUUGUCAACACACAUUCAAUCUAGACGGUACAAAAAUAGUUGACAGAUCGUACCGUUCCUCUGCCUUACCGAUGUUGGAAAUGUGUCACAUACACAACACUUCCAACACGGUAAACUUCCGAACAGACGUAGAUGGGCUAAAUAUCACGUAUGCUGGUAUUCUACACACAGUCAAGACAACCCAAUCACGUAGAAGACAAAUGAGCAACGAUAGACCAUAUACCACAGUAGAUACAGUAGACCUAACAGAUGUCGAACAAUAGCUCUAAAUCUAACCCUCCAUGUUUAAAAUAGCCGUUGAGUACCGUCAAGUAGUGUAGUGUUCACCUGUGCAGUCCAAAAAUUUGUAAAAACUAUACGUAUGAUAAUUGUAAGUCUAACCAAUUAAUGUCCCAAAUCCUUCAUGUAAUAUGUUUUGUCCACUCAGGCAGAAAACAAGAAGCCCACACCCCCUAUGGCGGCAUUAAACCAUAAGACAAAAAACGGUUGACUGAGUAGGUACUAGUAAUCGAUGUUCAAUGUUAAAGUAUACUAAAUGUGCAAUGUUUUUAGUUUUUCCCUUGAUAAAGGCCAAAUAAAGCCGGCCG